AUGAUAAAUGAAUCUAUUUUAGAUUGUUUAAAUAAGGAUAAUUCUAUAUUUCAAAUGUUAUGUAAAUGUAUUGCAUUUAGUAGAAUGAUUUAUGAAAUAAAUGAUUGGCAUCAUGCUCAAUAUCAAUGUUGUUUUGGUUAUUUUUAUAUUAAUUGGAAAGGUGAAAAAUAUGCUUUACAAGCUGAAAGCCAUGCAGAAAACUCCAUGAAAUUAAUAUCAUUAUAUUUAAAUUCUACUAGUCAGCAAAUGAAUCAACAGAAUUCUGAUGAUCAAGCUAAUUUACUUAUUCUUUGUAUAGUUUUACUGAAUUAUUAUACAUUAGCGAAAUCAAAAAUAAUUUUAAAAAAGACAAAAGAUGCGUUCAGUUCAAUCAGACAAGCUGAAAAGGCAUUAAAUAAAGUUGAACAGCUGAUUGAUUCACUUCAAAAAUCUAAAAAUAGUUUAGAAAAUAUUGAUAAUUAUGAAGAUAAUUCUAAACAAUUUGAUAGAUAUUUAGAAAAUUAUUAUCAACAAUGGGAUCAUUGUACUUUAAUGAGAUUAGAUAAAAAAUUUUAUCCAAAUUUGCAAAAUUUAAAAGUUUGUAUUUAUUGUUUGUAUGGAAAAAUUGCAUUUGAAUGUGAGAAAUAUGUUGUAUCUUUUGAUCAAUAUAUGCAAGCAUUGAAAUUCAUAGAGAAGACAUAUGGUCCAGAGAGUAAAGAAAUGAUAUCAGUUUAUCACGCACUUGCUCAUAUUGAAUAUCAAAGUAGUGAGAAUGAUAUGAAAAAAUCUAUAGACUAUUUUAAAAUAGCCUAUGAAAUUUCUAACAAAAUUUACUACAAAGAAGAAAGUUUCAGUUCCAUGGUUGACCUUAUUCGUUCAGUUUAUCUAUUGUGUACAGUUUACAUGAAACUCAAUUUAAAUUUGGAUGAUAGUGAACAUCUCCUUGGUGAAAUGUUACAAAUGUUAAGUACUUAUAAUGAAAAAAACAAUCAAAGCUCCAUUGAAUAUCAUGUUGAUAAUAAUUCAAAUGAAUCUGUCGAUCUAAUGAGAAUAAAAACUAGUUCACUAGAUAACGAUAAUCAUCAUAUCAAAUGUCUAACAGAUCAAUGUUUGAAUUCGAUUUAUGAAUACUCUGAUGAAUAUUUUGUAAAUUUAAUUUGUUCAUUACGUUCACUAUUAAUAAAAAUUUAUAUAAAAUCAAGUCGUUUCCAAGAAGCCUUAAAAUUAUUAGAAGAAAAUUUAAAUAUUCAAGAAGACACAUUUGGAAUGUACAGUACACAAGUAAUAAAGACAUGUAAACUAAUCUUGUCAAUAAACAUGGUUCAAGAAAAUUUCGCUGAAGCAUUUAAUCAAGCUGAAAUGUGCCUUGAUCUUGAACAAUUCACAUUCGGUGCUAAUUCGAAACAAGCAAAGAGAACUAAAGAUAUUUUGAAUGCAUUAUCAAGUUACAAGAAAACUGGAAAUAAAAUCAAUUAA